AUGCUAUCCUAUAGGUCUACUACGAAGCGAUUCGGAGGGUCCUCAGUGUGCAUUCGUGACGACCCGACUCAGGAGAAUUACCGUUACACCAUCGACUGCGACUCGGUGACGUUUCGGAGGAGAGACCUGACGACUUCAAAUAGCCGUGAUUCCAGAGAUCUCACGGACAGCCACACAGAGGAAAUUGUGGACAAGAGCGUUGAUAGCUAUGAGCUACCGGAAGUCAAGCUCUUUCAUAUCGGUACCGAUACACACCAGAGGCAAUAUGUUGAAAAAGCUGACAUCAAACAUACCCCAAGACAACGACGGUCAACUGCCCAGAAUGACUACCAGACAAACCACCGCUGCAGCUACGACCGCUGUGCCAUCCGAAGACAUCCCGAGCCAAAUGGCCCACCUAUACAGGAGGUCAAGGAUCUACUAGUUAUCCUUACUGCAGCCCAGACCAGAAUCCCGUCCACACCACCGGUGGACGCCCCCAUACCCACAGUCGAAGCUACGGAGCAACGAACGUCUCGCACACGAAACACCCCUGAAACAGUUCAAUUGCCGCCUCUUCGAAACACUCGUUCUCCAUCGAUUCCAGGGUCGUCACGAAUGCACACCGAGGACCCUCCGAAUCGCUAUAAGAAAUCAACCAUCUCUGAGAAAAUCCUUCCUCUCAGCGAUGGGGUAGAACAUACCUUCGUAGUAGACCUAUAG